CAAAAAAUGCUGCCAACUCAUGUUUGAAGACAAAAGUCAUACAGUCAAAUUUACCAUAAAUGUCAUCAUGAUUUAAAAAUUCUCAGUAUCAAAAAUAUGAACUUUUCGCACAUUCCACGAUGGUUUUCAAAACAUUUUUCAAAGUCAUCUAAAGAAAAUGCCUCUAGUUUCAAUGAAUCGACCAGAUCAUCAAUACAAGUUUGUCUACUAGGAGGUCAUACCCCUUUGGGUACGAUCACCAGUCUCCUCCUUAAACAGAAUCCCAUAAUUUCGAAAUUGAAGAUUCAAGGAGAUAUGAAAGUACGUAACUUAGGUGAAGACUUGAACCAGAUUGAUACCAAGUGUCAAGUUGAGACAUAUAUUCAUGCUAAAGAUAUCGGUAAAGCGGUGAGGGGUGCUGACAUAGUUUUACUAUUAUCAAACCGAGUCUGGCCAGAAAAUACGUCACUAUCAACAAGAAUUUUAGCAGAAAGCCGAAGAGUGUACCAAUUGAUUUAUGAAUGUACCAUACAAGCACCUAGAGCGAUGAUCGUUGUUGCGGUACCUCCAGUAUCAGUUUUCACUCCUUUCGCCGCUAAUUUGUUCAAAAAAUCCAAUUUUUAUCAUCCCAGUAGAAUAAUUGGAUCAGCAGCUAUGGCUCAGGUGAAAAUUAAUAGUUUGGCGGGUAGGUAUCAAGAUUUAGAUCCUUAUAUAUGUCGAGUUCCAUUAACUGGAGGUCCAGAUAUUGAUCUAGCAGUACCAAUUUUCAGUAAAGCUUCUCCAGUAGAGAUUGAUACUAGAUCGGCGAAAAUACUGAUGAGUAGAUUCAGACAAAUCCAUUUAGACGAUUUUCCAAAACAGCAUUGCAAAGAGAACUUCAUCGAAAAUCAUGAACUAAGUGAAGCUUAUUCUUUGAAUAAUAUGAUCACUACAAUAGCUAUGGGCAUAUUUGGGGACUCGGAAGCAUUAUAUUACGCUUUUGUUAGAUCUAACAUUAUACCAAACUGUCAAUACUUAGUGACAAUGUUACAGUUUUCCAAAGAGGGUGUUGUGCAUAAUUUCGGUUUACCAACUGUAAGUAAUUUUGAAUUGGAUAUGCUGGAGAGAGCAGUUUUGGAAAUUAAGAAUAGAGAGCAAAUGGCGCAGGAAUUAUUAGAUUUUUGCGAUGGAAAGUGUAAAACGCCGUCAUUCGAAAUAAAAGAAAGAAAAAAAGAGAGAACAUUGAAACAAUCGGUUAUAAAAUGAGUUAUUAUUUGUUUUAUUAAAUUUUGAAACUAUUUGUCAAAAGUAGAUGGUUUUUUGAAGAAAUAAAUGUUAUUUUCAGCACUAA